AUGGUGUCCCGCAAGCACAGCACCUCGACCGUGCGCUUCAUCCCCCUCACCUACUCGCCGUCGGACUCGCAGUCCUCCGCCCUCCGCCUCAUCCUCUCCGUCUUCCCCGAGUGGGAGAAGACGGACGGCAAAAUCGAAUUCGUCCGCUUCACGGAUGGAAUCACGAAUACCCUCCUCAAGGCAAUGAAUGUGCGCCCCGGCUUGUCCAAGCAGGAAAUUGACGACAGCGCGGUGCUUCUCCGAGCGUAUGGGAAAGGCACAGACCUCAUCAUCGACAGGGAGCGCGAGACGCAGAAUCAUGAGUUGCUGAUGGGACACAGCCUCGCGCCGCAGCUGCUCGCCCGCUUCAACAAUGGGAUGGUGUAUAGGUACAUCUCUGGCUCUGUGACUGCGCCGGGGGAUCUGAGGAACAAGGACGUGUACACGGCUGUUGCGCGGCGUCUGGCGCAGUGGCACGCUGUUGUGCCGUGUCUCCCCAACACGCGGGUGCCGGUGGAAGAGGUGGCGAGUGAGGCGAUGGAGGCGAUGGUUCCAACGGAGCGGAGGGAUCCAGAGGUGCAGCGUAAGAUCGAUGGUAUUGCGCCGGGGAAGGUGGCGCCGAAUGUGUGGACGGUGACGCAGAAGUGGAUUUACGCCUUGCCGACUGCGACGGAGGAGCAGAGGGCGCGCCAGGCGGAGUUGCAGGGGGAGCUGGAGCGGACGGUUAGGGAGUUGAGCGAUAGGCCGGGACUGGGGAAGAAUAGCCUGGUGUUCGCGCAUUGCGAUUUGUUGAGUGGGAAUGUGAUUGUUGAGCCUGCGAAGAAGGGGGAGGCGAAUGGGGUGGCGGCGAAGGAACCGGUUACGUCGGUGUCGUUUAUUGAUUACGAGUAUGCGGUUCCGUCGCCGGCGGCAUUUGAUAUCGCGAACCACUUUGCGGAGUGGGGAGGGUUUGACUGCGACUUCAGCGUCUUGCCUACCCGCACGCAGCGCCGCGACUUCAUCCGCGAGUAUGUCGCGAGCUACUUUGCACACCUCAAUGUUGCCAAGACCAGCGAGGAGUUGGAGACCGAGGCGCAGGCGCUGUUUGAGAGCGUGGAUUUGUUCCGUGGUGUCCCGGGACUGUACUGGGGCAUCUGGGCUAUCAUCCAGUCGGUCAUCUCGCAAAUCGAUUUCGACUACGCAUCUUACGCCGAGGUGAGGCUGGGAGAGUACUACGCCUGGAGGGGAGAGACGGAGGGGACGAGAGAGAAGAAGGGGGAGGAGAUGCCGCUGCGGGAGAGACGGUGGGCGCAGGAAGAGUAG